UUCUUGGUCUAUAUGAAAGGAUUUCCAAAACAUACUGUGAAGGAAGAUAUUUGGAAAUUCUUUGUCAACUGUCGAAUUGCUGAUAAUGGAAAUGGUAUCUAUUUCGAUCAUGAUGGGACUGGUAAAUUAGUUGGCUUGGCUUUUAUUGAAUUUGAAAAUCACAGAGCCAUGCAGAAUGCUUUGCAAUUUAAUGGAACGAUGAUUGGACCCCAUCGAAUAGAAGUUGGUCCAAGUCACCCUGAUGAACUUAGUGCAAUGUUUCGUGCUCAUAAAAAUAUCAAGAGUGGAGAUACCUGUGUCAUAUUGAAAAACUUACCAAGGCAAAUCAAACAGAAAGAAAUAGAAGAUUUUUUCCGUGGUAUAAAGAUUUUAGACAACAGUAUAAAGUUUGUCUGCAAUGAGAAAGGGGACACAACUGAUGUUGGAUAUGUUGAAUUCAAGUCUACUGAAGAUUGUAGAAAUGCUAUCAAGAAGUCUGGAAGCAAGAUAGGACAU